CGCGCCGCCCGGCGGUGCUGGCGCCCACGCGGCCGCGAUGAGGGUCAACGAGAAGUACUCGACGCUCCCGGCCGCGGACCGCAGCGUCCACAUCAUCAACAUCUGCGCCAUCGAGGACAUCGGCUACCUGCCGUCCGAGGGCACGCUGCUGAAUUCCCUGUCCGUGGACCCCGACGCCGAGUGCAGGUACGGCCUGUACUUCAGGGACGGCAAGCGCAAGGUGGACUGCGUCCUGGUGUACCAGCACAAGAGGGCCUCGGGCAGCAGGGGCCUGGCCAGGAGGGCCCAGCACAGCGACGCCGGCCCGGCCGCCCACAGCGCCCGGCAGGACCGGCCCCUGCCCGGGAAGGCGGGCCCCGUGGGUGCGGGCGAGCCCGAGCCCCCACUGGACUACCACGAGGACGAUAAGCGCUUCCGCCGGCAGGAGUACGAGGGCAACCUGAUGGAGGCCGGCCUGGAGCUGGAGCGGGACGAGGACACGAAAAUUCACGGGGUUGGAUUUGUAAAAAUCCACGCACCCUGGAACGUGCUGUGCAGAGAGGCUGAGUUUUUGAAGCUGAAGAUGCCGACGAAGAAGCUGUAUCACAUUAAUGAGACCCGUGGCCUCCUGAAAAAGAUCAACUCUGUGCUCCAGAAGAUCACGGACCCCAUCCAGCCCAAGGUGGCGGAGCACAGACCCCAGACCACAAAGAGGCUCUCCUAUCCCUUCUCCCGGGAGAAGCAGCACCUAUUUGACCUGUCUGACAAGGAUUCCUUUUUCGACAGCAAAACCCGGAGCACGAUAGUCUACGAAAUCCUGAAGAGAACAACGUGUACCAAAGCCAAGUACAGCAUGGGGCAAGGAGAGGGAAGAAAGAAGGACUCUGCCCUCUUAAGUAAAAGGCGAAAAUGUGGUAAAUACGGCAUCACGAGCCUGCUGGCCAAUGGCGUUUACUCGGCAGCCUACCCACUGCACGAUGGAGACUAUGAAGGGGAGAACGUGGAGUUCAACGACAGGAAGCUCCUGUACGAAGAGUGGGCGAGUUACGGGGUCUUCUACAAGUACCAGCCCAUCGACCUGGUCAGGAAGUAUUUCGGGGAGAAGAUUGGCCUGUACUUCGCCUGGCUGGGCGUCUACACCCAGAUGCUCAUUCCCGCCUCCAUCGUCGGGAUAAUCGUUUUCCUCUACGGUUGGGCCACCGUCGACGAGGACAUACCCAGCAUGGAGAUGUGUGACCAGAGACACAACAUCACCAUGUGCCCGCUGUGUGACAAGACCUGCAGCUACUGGAAGAUGAGCUCUGCGUGCGCCACGGCCCGCGCCAGCCACCUCUUCGACAAUCCCGCCACCGUCUUCUUCUCCGUCUUCAUGGCCCUCUGGGCCGCCACCUUCAUGGAGCACUGGAAGCGGAAACAGAUGCGGCUCAAUUACCGCUGGGACCUCACAGGCUUCGAGGAGGAGGAGGAGGCUGUCAAGGACCAUCCCAGAGCCGAAUAUGAAGCCAGAGUUUUGGAGAAGUCUCUUAGGAAAGAAACCAAAAACAAAGAGAAGCGCCGGCACCUUCCGGAGGAACCAACAAACAAAUGGAGGCAGAGGGUUAAGACAGCCAUGGCGGGGGUGAAAUUGACGGACAAGGUGAAGCUGACCUGGAAAGACCGGUUCCCAGCCUACUUCACCAAUUUGGUCUCCAUCAUCUUCAUGAUCGCGGUGACCUUCGCCAUCGUCCUCGGCGUCAUCAUCUACAGAAUCUCCACGGCCGCCGCCUUAGCCAUGAACUCCUCCCCCUCCGUGCGGUCCAACAUCCGGGUCACCGUCACGGCCACGGCCGUCAUCAUCAACCUGGUGGUCAUCAUCCUCCUGGACGAGGUGUACGGCUGCAUAGCCAGGUGGCUCACCAAGAUCGAGGUUCCAAAGACAGAGAAGAGCUUCGAGGAGAGGCUGAUCUUCAAGGCUUUCCUGCUGAAGUUCGUGAAUUCCUACACCCCCAUCUUUUACGUGGCGUUCUUCAAAGGCCGGUUUGUCGGACGCCCAGGCGACUACGUGUACAUUUUCCAUUCUUUCCGGAUGGAAGAGUGCGCCCCAGGGGGAUGCCUGAUGGAGCUCUGCAUUCAACUGAGCAUCAUCAUGCUUGGCAAGCAGCUGAUCCAGAACAACCUGUUCGAGAUCGGCAUCCCGAAAAUGAAGAAGUUCAUCCGUUAUCUGAGGCUGAAGCACCAGAGCCCCUCGGACCACGACCAGUACGUGAAGAAGAAGCAGCGGUACGAGGUGGAUUACACGCUGGAGCCCUUCGCGGGCCUCACCCCGGAGUACAUGGAGAUGAUCAUCCAGUUCGGCUUUGUCACCCUGUUCGUUGCGUCCUUCCCGCUGGCCCCGCUCUUUGCGCUGCUGAACAACAUCAUUGAGAUACGCCUGGACGCCAAAAAGUUCAUCACCGAGCUCCGAAGGCCGGUGGCCGUCAGAGCCAAGGACAUCGGAAUCUGGUACAAUAUCCUCAGAGGCAUCGGGAAGCUUGCUGUCAUAAUCAACGCGUUCGUGAUCUCCUUCACGUCGGACUUCAUCCCUCGCCUGGUGUACCUCUACAUGUACAGUGAGAACGGCACCAUGCACGGCUUCGUCAACCACACCCUCUCCUCCUUCAACGUCAGCGACUUCCAGAACGGCACGGCCCCCAACGACCCCCUAGACCUGGGCUACGAGGUGCAGAUCUGCAGGUACAAAGAUUACCGGGAGCCUCCAUGGUCAGAACACAAGUACGACAUCUCCAAGGACUUCUGGGCCGUCCUGGCCGCCCGGCUGGCCUUUGUCAUCGUCUUCCAGAACCUGGUCAUGUUCAUGAGCGACUUUGUGGACUGGGUCAUCCCAGACAUCCCCAAGGACAUCAGCCAGCAGAUGCACAAGGAGAAGAUACUCAUGGUGGAGCUGUUUAUGAGGGAGGAACAGGGCAAGCAGCAGCUGCUGGACGCGUGGAUGGAGAAGGACCGGAAGAAAGCGGAGCCCUUCAACAACCACAGCCCCACCCGCCCUGCCCCACCGGACAGCCCCGACUUCCCCGGCGGUGCCCUGUAGCUGCGGGGCGUCCCCAUCGACCACGCGCAGCCUCUCCCAGGGCAGGCGACUUCUCACAAGCCCCUGGCCCGGUGGCUCCUGGGUUUGUGGCAAGCCUGGAAGACCACUUUCUUCCGAUAGGACGACAUUUCCCCGUCUUUUUCUCUUUGUUUGCUUUUUCUUCUUGUUUUGGCACAAAAC